AUGCAGAUCAUAAGCGCCCAGUCAAUUCACCAAAACGAAGAAGAUAUCGAAAAGACUGCCGCAGACGCGGCGGCUCAAUUCCAUACCAAGGACGCCACUGAGAAUGCCGAAACGCCGUGGAACGAAGAAUUUCUCGUUGUGUUCGGCCCAGAUGACCAAGAGAAUCCCUUGAAUUGGUCUAGCAAAGUGAAAUGGGGAGUCACUGCAGCAGUUUCCAGCACGGGUUUCAUCCGAAUCAUGGUUUCAACAAUGAUGGCUCCAGCGAUCGAAACCAUCGCCGAGGAACUGCAUAUGACACCCAUUGAAUCAACCAUGGCUCUGUCUGUGUACGUUUUAGCAACUGCCCUUGGCCCAAUGGUUAUUGGCCCUCUAUCCGAAGUGUAUGGCAGAAAAUCCAUAUAUCACGUCACCAAUAUCUGGUUCCUGGUCUGGAAUCUCAUCUGCGGCUUUGGCCAUUCAAAAGGGCUGCUGAUUGCUGCGCGUUUCCUCGCUGGCUUUGGUGCCAGUGCAGUUUUCAGCUUGGCUUACGGCGUGCUCGGCGAUGUGUGGCCACCAGAGAAGAGAGGACGCUCCCUGAGUUUGUAUCUGCUCAUCCCGCUGACUGGUGCUGCCGUGGGGCCCAUAGUAGGCGGUUUCAUCGUUCAGUAUUCUACUUGGCGCUGGAUGUUCUGGUCGACUGCGAUAUUUCAAGCUGUUCUUGAAGUGUCGUCACUGACGGUGUUCCACGAAAGCUACGCGCCUGUCCUCCUGCGUCGACGAGCUGAGAAACGGCGCCAAGAGACUGGUGAUUCUCGCUACCAUUCCGAGAUUGAGAAACGAGAAUCUGGUCGCUCUACUGCCUGGAAGAUUCGCCGCAGCUUGACCCGCCCUGUUCGUCUACUGAUGUUUCAUUCCAUCAUUCAGAUGGACGCUAUUCUAGAAGGAAUCAAUUACGGCUUACUGUACUUUACACUGUCUAGUUUCUCUACUCUAUACGUCAACGCAUAUGGUGAAUCUGUCGCCAUCUCCGGCUUGCACUACAUUGCCAUCUGCUUGGGUGAAAUCCUUGGCUCGCAGAUCUGCGGGCCGCUGAUGGAUUACCUCUUUACGAGAUUGAAGAGUCGUGACGGCAGCACUCGAGUGCCUGAACUACGGAUUCCACUCAUGCUGCCUAGCGCUCUUCUUACUCCUAUUGGCUUUCUUUUAUACGGUUGGGCUGCAAAGUACCAUCUAUUUUGGUUGGUUCUGGACAUUGGAGCGCUUUUGUUGUCACUUGGAAUGCAAGUUUUCGGUACCACUAUGCGCGCCUACGUGAUGGAUGCGUAUGAUGAGCAUGUCAGCUCCGCAUCUGCUGCAACACAAUUAUUGAAGAGUUUGCUGGCGUUUGCGUUCCCGCUCUUUUCUGAUAGCAUGUACAGGGCGCUGGGUUACGGAUGGGGAAACAGUCUGCUGGCAUUUUUAUCGAUUGGCAUUACCAUACCGUCGAUAUGCAUACUUUGGUAUUAUGGAGCCAGGCUGAGAGCGAGGCUGCCAUCGAGCUAUUAG